CGCUGACCGGAAACCGGAAGUAGCGGAACUGUUUGCUGCUGCUCGUUGUUUCAGCUCCAUCAUCGUUGGACCACAGCUGCAGUCAUGGCGAGGAACGCUGAGAAGGCCAUGACGGCUCUGGCCCGCUUCAGGCAGGCUCAGUUGGAGGAGGGGAAAGUCAAGGAGAGGAGACCCUUCCUGGCUUCAGAGUGCAGCGAGCUUCCAAAGGCUGAGAAAUGGAGACGACAGAUCAUCAGUGAAAUCUCCAAGAAGGUUGCUCAGAUCCAGAAUGUUGGUUGUUUUCUAAUUGCUGACUGGAUUUCUGAAUCGGACCUCCUGCUGGUUCUGUGGCAGCGGAUCGGGCCGAGGAUGUUAGACCACGAGGGGAAGGAGGUUCCGGGGAACCGCGGCUAUAAAUACUUUGGCGCUGCCAGAGACCUUCCUGGAGUCAGAGAGCUGUUCGAGACCGACCCCACCCCAGCCCAGAGGAAGACGAGGGGGGAGCUGAUGAAGGACGUGGACGCAGAGUACUACGGCUACCGGGACGAAGAUGACGGCGUGCUGCUGCCGCUGGAGGCCGAGUACGAGAGGAAAGCCGUGUCGGAGGCCGUGCAGAAGUGGAGGACAGAGAAGGAAUCGCGUGUUCAGCAGGAGGAGGAGGAGGACGAGGAGGAGGAGAGCAUCUACACCGUCCACAACGAAGAGGUGGAGGAUGAGGAAAAUCGGGAGGAGACAGAGGGAGAGGAAGGAGUCGGCUUCAUCGCUCAUGUUCCGGUUCCGUCUCAGAAAGAGGUGGAGGAGGCACUGGUCCGGAGGAAGAAGAUGGAGCUGCUGCAGCGCUACGCCAGCGAGACGCUUCAGGCUCAAAGCCAGGAGGCCAGAACUCUGCUGGGGCUCUGACCCAGUUCUGACCCAGUUCUGAUCCAGCUGGUUCUCACCCGUCUGUGUAAAUAUUCAGUUUUGUACGGUGUUUUUUUGUUUUUUUCAUUAAAGCGUUAACAGCUCA